AUGGAAAACAUCAAUAUCCCUUCCCCAUCUGCUAUUCUAGACAUCCAACGUCCCUCCACGUCGACUGAUGGGCUUUCCAACCCAUCUGUUUCUCCCAAGAAUUCGUCUGCAAUCCAGCGAGGUGCUGCCAAAGAUCGCAGCAAGCCAAAGCAGACCAAAAGCCGUAACGGUACGAAUAAUGAGCACAAGAGGCAUGAGCAGAGACAAGGGCACAGACGCUCCAUAAGUCGCAGCGCGCUGACGUCUUAUUGUUCACCUUAUCCAGGCUGCAAAACUUGCAAGGACAAGCGACUGAAAUGUGACGAGACCAAACCAAGUUGUAUUCAAUGUAGGAAGCGAAACGUGACGUGUGAAGGAUACAUAAAGAAAUUCCAAUGGCGCAACGGCUAUUGGCAGAAAAAUCUGAAUGGGGGCACAAAUGGCAGUGCAAAUACAAAAAAAGCUAUCCAAUAUCAGUCUAAUGAGAACUCAAGUUCAGAAACUUCAGGGUCAUCCAUUCCACAACACCAAUCCAGGGCAUCAAAGUCACAGCAAGCUGCGUCUAGUCUUCCUUCUUUGGGCUCAGGGUCUUUUAUGGGUCUUGCUGACCUGACCUCGAAGGAUGCAUUGCCUUCAAAACAUACGAAUAGGCAUUCAUUUAGCGACAAGGAUUCGUUUGGCAACCCAGAAGUGUUUGUUGGUCAGCUAACGCCAGUGAGCUUCGAUGAAGACAUUCUCGCGUCGUCAUUUACAGACAUCUCGCCUUCAGACCAGAUUUCAUGGAUUUCUGAUGCCUCAUUGGUUGCAGUAGAGCAAAAGUCGGAGACUGAGCGCGAGCCCAAACGUGACCUUGGGCGCAAAAAUUCCUAUGCACAAGAUGGUUUUAGCUUCGAAGAAUUGAUGGAAAUUGAUGACGAGGAUAUCGAGGAGAUAGUACGAAGGCCCGACCGAAGUAUGAAGUCCGGGCGGCCGGAAAACGCAGACAUGAAUGUCGCACCGCAUCACGGACUGUUCAACAUCUGCAGGGAGCCCAACCUCGGCGUUGCAAGUCCAGAGAUGUUGGUUUUGCAAUUUGACAGGGUGACGUGCGGGAUCCUGUCUGUAAAGGACGGUAUUCAUGAGAAUCCGUGGCGUACUUUGAUCUGGCCAUUGGCCAAGGAGACUCCGGCUUUGUAUCAUGCUGUGUUUUCGCUUGCUGCCUUUCAUUCAAGCAAAGAGGUUCCAGCCUUGAGAGUUCAUGGUGUGGAUCACAUGCGCCAGAGCAUCACCCACCUAGUGCACGACAUACGGAACAUGAGGGUUGAUGCAGCAUUAGCCACGAGCCUGGCGCUUGCUUUUGCUGAUACCUGGGACCAACACACUCGUACCUGCAUUCAGCAUCUGAAAGGUGCCAAAGCACUGGUCUCGCAAGUGGUGGGGCUUGGUGCUCAAGGCGAGAUGCGUGGGAUUAACCUGAGCAGGGUGCGUUUCCUUUACAACACCUGGCUGUAUAUGGACGUAAUUGCUCGCCUGACCUCUCGUGAAGAAUCGGGGGAUCAGGAGGUGGAUGCACCCUUUUUCCAACCCCCAAGCCACGCUGUACAUGAGAUUGAUCCUUUGAUGGGCUGUGCAACGACACUUUUCCCUCUAAUCAAUCAAGUGGCUCGGUUGGUUCAGCGUGUUCGCAAGACGGCAUCCAAUUCCAUCUCGCUUAUCUCGCAAGCCAUAGAGCUGAAAAGGCUUGUUGAGCAGUGGGAACCCCCGCAAUUCUUCGAGCCCCCAGAGGACCCAUCUUCCGAAGUCCAACAUAGUAUUCAAACAGCCCAUGCUUAUCGCUGGGCAACACUACUAUACCUUCACCAGGCGGUACCUGAGAUGCCGUCGGAGCCGACCUCCGAGCUUGCCAAACGCGUGCUGAUCUUGUUGGCUACCGUUCCUUCCAGUUCUCGAACCCUAAUCAUCCAGAUGUUCCCUCUGCUGGCGGCAGAAUCCGAAGCAGAGCAAGAGGAUGAUCGUCAGUGGGUGUUGAGCCGGUGGGAGUCUAUUCAAACGCGCCUCAUGCUGGGCUCAAUUGAUCGCUGCAUAGAGAUAGUCCGCGAAGUCUGGGCCCGCAGGGAUGCGUUCGAAGAUGAGAAACAACGGUUGCGGGGAUCGUCUGGGCGCGGGGCCAACUCUGUCAUGGAGACUUUGACGAAUGAUAGAGUACCUCUCACUAGCCUUAAGUCGAAUGAUCAAAUGGUCCGUAGUACCUACGCCAAGGAGCCAUGGAGAAGGACGAUCCAGGAGGAAUGGUUGGCCUCUAAGGCUACUAUUGGACACUCACGACGGAGCUCCGCCAUGUCCCCGUUGGAGAAUAUUGAAUUCGAAAAGACAGUUCGCGGCAGGUUGCACUGGAUUAACGUAAUGCAGGAUUGGGGAUGGGAAGCUCAUUCAUAUAGUGUUCCUGGGUUAAGACCCGGGUCUUUAGUGUGUUCGACACGAGCGCAUCUUCAUCACAGGGCGGGGGCGGCCACCACAAUCGUUAUUCUUGCUUCCUUUCCGACAUGGCUGCUCUCGCUGGGCUGUUUCGUCGGAAUUACUCGAGCUGGUAUUCGUCUCGGAGUCUUCGGCUGGAUCCUCUGUUGGAGAAGCUUGGGGCUUAUUCUUAGCCAGAUACGAUCGGAGAGAGGCCAGAUAAGGCUCCAGAUCGCUCGUUAUGGACACGGUAGUAGCCAUGGUUGCGAGGGCUGUACAAUGAUUGCCUGA